AUGUCUUCAACACCUUCAACCUCGGGGAGCGAUAGCCGCAACAGCAACUCGCCCAAAUACUAUAGCCCAAUACAGAAUCAAGAGAGUAUCAAUCGCAGAAAAAGUGAACACCAGCAAAGACGGUUGGCGCUCAGAUUCCAUGAUAAACCCAACGGAGCUAGGCUGGGAAUGCACUGGGAUUUCAACCGAGGGAAGAAUGUGCCUUAUAUAAAAGACCACUUCACCGGCGUUAUUCGACCUGCGACAAUGAAGGACGACAUGUACAGCAACAUGUCCGAAGAAAAGCUCGAACAGCAUCGCCAGUAUCACCAACAAAUGGAAACGCUCGAGGAGGAAGUUAAGAUCGAAGAAGCGAUCAAUUGGCCGAAGGUAGAAGAUUCGGCCACCGGUGCAACCUAA